AUGGUGUGGAGGGCGGUGAGGGAGGUAAUGGUGAAGCGGUCGUUGGCCGAGGGACGCGCCACCCCCAAGCCACCCCCGCCACAUCCACUCCUCCACUCCCCAUCCCCGCCGCCAUCCGCGGUCAUCCUCCUCUCGCCCGCCAUUGCGCCCAUCACCUCCCCCGUCGCGUCCAGCACGCCCUACACACCGUACAUGACUUCUGGCGGUCGCUACUCCCGUCGGCGCAGAUCUCAAUCCGCCUCCUCCCCCGCCCGUCCUCUGUUCCCGGCCGACGAUCCCAAAUGGCGCAUCUCCAACAAGCGCACGCGUCUAAGCAACCCCCGGAGUCCCUCCUACCGUGACCUCAAAGCACUCGGAGAACCACCCGAGAAGUGGGAUGUUGACCAGUGGCGAAGAGGAAAGCGCGCGCGGAGAGAUACUUCCCCCAACGAAGGGGCGGGCGACCCGUGUAUGGCCCCCUUCACCUUCGCCCCGUCGUCCGAGGGCACGCGUCACACCUCCCGACACAGCCCGCUCCCACCUCUCCACGACGGCACGUAUCUGCCAGGGACCAACCUUACGUCCUCCGGGGAACUCGAGCAACUGCGUUCGCACGCGUUCUCCGAACUGCAGCGCAGCGUAGAGGAGAGCGGCGAAGGUCAAGUGCGGCGCCUGCGCGACUGGGAGAACUCGCGCUCACGGCAAUCGUUCAACGCGCGCAACCACGAUGACUCUCUUCGCCGAAGGAUACAACCUGCGUCGCCCGUGCUGCAGGACGUGCAGUCCGCGGUCAUGUUGGAUGAAGAGGAUGACAUCGAGAUCGUCUCGAGUGAGCUUGCGUCGGGAUCAGCGUACUUCCGUAACUGGGGUCCAUCCUCUAUGAGGCGCUCCAUGUCGUUCGGCGUGAUGGACGUUGACAUCCCUGACAUCGAAGGUCCCUCGUCGCCUUUCACCAGCGCGGAGCCGAGCGAGCGCUGUUGCUCCCCGGUUAGUGCCUUCACCGGCCCGUCCGCAUACUCGUCCGACGACGGCAUGUCCCCCAUCGAGUCCGACAGCGCCACUCGUUCCUCUGCGCGCAACGCCCCCGCGCUCACGUAUUCCUACACGGCCUCGUCCAACCCGUCCGUCGUCUCUCUUUCGCCCAACGCAUUGUCGCCGUACGCCCAGCCGACUCUGGGUCAGGUCGACGUGCCCGCCUCCGCCACGCGCGAGGAGAAAGCGAUUGCCGCUCUGACUCUCGCGAUGGCCAACGGCGCAUGCGGAAUUAACGACUACUCGGCCAUACAACACACGGAGGGCGCGUUGGACCCGUCCUCCGAUGACUGCCAGGUUGGAGAGCUCUGGCAUUGA